UGAAUGACAGCAGAGAGAACUUUGACUCUUCAGUGUGUUUUCUCCAGCAGUGCUGCUGCACACAAAGAGGAGGAAUCACAGGUGCGAAGAACGCUGUCAUGGUGUCUGAGGAGGAGAGUGUCCUUUUGGACCUUGUUCAGGUGUUCACCGGUUACCUGUUAUGCUCGUGCGCACUGGCAGCUGUCGCGCUCAUCUCCAUCAUCUGGUUCAUCAGAGACUCUCUCCACAUCCACGGCAUCGAUGAGAAGCACGUGCUGGUGACCGGCUGCGAUAGCGGCUUCGGAGACCUCGCGGCGCGGCAGCUCGAUCAGCGCGGAUUCCGCGUCAUCGCCGCGUGUCUGACGGAACCCGGCGCCUCCAGACUGCGCGCCGCGGCCUCCCCCAGACUCCAGACGGUCCUGCUCAAUGUUACCGACAGCGCGAGCGUCGGGAGCGCGCUGGAGUUCGUGCGCAACGAGACCGGGGAGAGAGGUCUGUGGGGUUUGGUGAACAACGCUGGUAUCUCCGUCCCCAUUGGUCCAACAGAGUGGAUGCAGGUGGAUGACUUCAAGAAGGUUCUGGAUGUGAAUCUGAUGGGCGUCAUUGAGGUGACCCUGACGUUCCUCCCUCUCCUGAAGAAAGCACGGGGCAGGGUGGCGAACGUAGCGAGCAUACUGGGCAGACUCUCUCUCAUCGGGGGAGGAUACUGUCUCUCUAAAUGGGGUGUGGAGGCAUUUUCUGAUAGCUUGAGGAGGGACAUGCUGCACUUUGGAGUCAAGGUCAGCAUCAUUGAACCAGGCUUCUUUAAGACACAAGUAACAGAUCUGGGUCUCAUCGAAGAUGAUCUGAAGAAACGAUGGAACGCUCUUCCAGUAGAGGUCAGGAGGUCCUAUGGAGACUCGUACCUGCAGGAAUAUACGAAGUUGCAGGCGUUCUCUGUGGGGUUGUUAUGCAGCAGUGACAUCUCCAAAGUGACGUCAUGCAUGCAGCACGCUCUCUCGGCGCGUAAUCCUCGAACGCGAUACGCGGCUGGUUGGGACGCCAAGCUUUUCUGGAUUCCUCUCUCGUACGUCCCGACCUGUGUGGCAGACUUCAUCACGGGUCUUCUUUUGCCCUCACCAAAAGACACCUGAGUGUCCACAUCAUCACGGACAUUACAAUUUAAGUCUAAAUCCUGUGGCAUACUUCGUUUUUUAGUACAGCCGAACGCACAGCCUUGCAAAGUAUACUGCUUUUGACUCAUACGUGUACGCACGGGUUUUGACGCAUGCGCACUACGACAUAUUGCAAUAUCUCCGGGCCUACAGGGGUCAGGUUUUCUUCAACUACAUUGAAUUGAUGCGGUUGCCACCUGGUGGUUACUGCAAGAAAUGGAAUGCGCAUGCCCAACCUGCGCGUACUUUAUAGGCAAAGUAACAAAAUUCCGGUGGUGCGCGUACUCGUAAAAAGGGAACUAUACUCCGGGCUUUAGACUCAAUCCGUUUUGUUUUUGGAAAAUGACACAACAAAUUGAAGACAACAUUUGUUUCUGUAAGCUGUUAUGACGAGCAGUUUGGUACACAACAUUGUGUUACAACGAAUGCAAUGAAAUAAAGAUACAGCCGCGGAUAAAAGUAAGAGACCAUUCCAAAAUUUCAUUUAAUCAUCAUUUCUACAUGUAUUGUGAUCAUUCCUGUUCAGUGUCUGUUGAAUUUCAACAAAAUCAAACCUCAGGAGUGACAAAGUCAUAAUGUGAAAGACUGACAGCAUGACAAGACACAUGAAAACUGUGAUUAAAAUCCAGAUUAUCACAUAAAACAAAAUCAUUUUUAAA